GGACUAGAAUGGAGCAGUAGGAAGGUCAAAGCCCAAGAUGCAGGGUUCAACUUGUGCUGUUCUGACAUUCAUCUGCGUGUCUGGAGUCCUUGCAUCCCUGCCACUGCCCAAGUACAUCAAACCGUGCUCGAGGAAUGAUCCGGACAUUGACGAGUGCGCGAAGAGGCACGCGAAAGAUGUGAUCUCACACCCAGCACUAGCACAAGGCGACAGCAAGUACAAGUUGCCGCCACUCAACCCUCUCGAAAUAAAGGAGUCCAUUGUGCGAGACAAGAGAAUGACACUGACACUGAGGGAUCUCAAGAUCUACGGGCUCUUGGGGGCUGAGGUGGAUGCCAUACGCUAUGACUUCGAGAAGCAUCACAUGCAGUUCUUGCUGAAUUUCCCGCUUGUCACGGUGCUCGGGAAGUAUGAGACAGACGGACGAAUCCUGCUACUUCCCAUCAAAGGAAAUGGCAACAUCAACAUAACGGACGUGAACCUCAACGUCACGUUCGACACAGACUACUCCCUGCAGCAGAUCCGCGGGAAGACCCACAUGAUUCUCGAGAACGGCAAGUGCACUGUUUGGUCCGGACGAACGUACGUCCACUUGACGAACCUGUUCAAUGGCAAUGAAGUUCUGGGUGCGCAGGUGAACGCUUUCAUCAACGAGAACUGGAAAGAUUUCCAGGAUGCGGUGUCUCCUGCUUUCGCUGAGGUGAUCGCACGCACAAUUACCACCCUGGUGAACAACAUGGCUACCCUUGUUCCUUACGACGAAGUGUUCCCCGAGACCGUCUCGUGAGGGGCGCCCUCCAGUGUUCCGAACGGAGGGCGUGCGUCUCCAGCCUCGGGUGACAACACGGCUGGCUCUCUCGGCGCACCCUGGGCACUGCGACCAGCCCUUUCAAACGGACUCAACUCAGCUGCUGUUUCCCCAAUUUUUCUCCUGAGGAGGGAAACGGAUACAGUCCCGGAAACGUUGUGUUCUUUCAGAAUUCUGGGCAAUGAACAGAGUCCAGCAAUGUCAGAACUCCUCACUCUCCGUCUCCAGAGCUCGGCUUCACUGCUGUAUUUUCCUUUUAAAAUAAAUCACUUCCAUUCUCGCUUGA